GGGCGCUGUCCAGCGUGCUGAAGCCGGAGCGAGAGAGCUGCCCGGAGCCGCGCCGAUCCAACAGAGCCCAGCCCACCGGACGCCAGAUCUCGACCGUCGCUCGUUUCCCAGCCAUCACUCGGAGCCGAGGCGGACGCGUCCCGAUCUUUCCCUGUCCCCACCCCGCCCCGACCCUCCUCUCCACCUCCCGCGUCUGACACCAGCUGCCUCAGGCAGCCCUUUUGCCAUGAAAUCGCUCAGGUUGCCGCCGGCUUCUGUUCUCUUCUGCUUCUUUCUACUGACCAAGGGGUUGGGAGCAGCGCCCCCGGGGCACCCUGAGGCGCAGCCACCUCCCCACAGCUCUGAGCAUAAAGAGCCAGUAGCUGGGGAUGCAGUGCCCGGGCAGAAGGAUAUUAGCACUCCAGAGGUCCGAGCCGCUCGAAAUUCAGAGCCGCAGGACGAGGGAGAGCUUUUCCAGGGCGUGGAUCCUCGGGCGCUGGCCACGGUGCUGCUGCAGGCACUUGAUCGCCCGGCCUCGCCCCCGGCGCCCGGCAGCUCCCAGCAGGGGCCGGAGGAAGAAGCUGCUGAAGCUUUGCUGACCGAGACCGUGCGCAGCCAGACCCACAGCAUCCAGGCGCCAGACACCCAGGCGCCCGCGGCCCCGCCUCGCCCUCAGACUCAGGAAAAUGGUCCCGAGCCGGGUGACCCCUCCGAGGAGCUCGAGGCGCUAGCUUCCCUGCUCCAGGAACUGCGAGAUUUCAGUCCGAGUAACGCCAAACGACAGCAAGAAACCGCGGCAGCGGAGACCGAAACUCGCACGCACACGCUGACCCGAGUCAACCUGGAGAGCCCGGGGCCAGAGCGCGUGUGGCGCGCUUCCUGGGGAGAGUUCCAGGCACGCGUCCCGGAGCGCUCGCCCCUGCCUCCCCCUGCUCCCCCGCAAUUCCAGGCGCGUAUGCCCGAAAAUGGGCCCCUUCCCGAAACCCACCAGUUCGGGGAAGUAGUGUCCUCCCCCAAAACACACCUAGGUGAGGCACUGGCACCCCUAUCCAAGGCGUACCAAGGCCUGGGCGUUCCCUUCCCCAAGGUUCGCCGGCCGGAGAGCUCACUCCUAGGAGGCUCCGAGGCGGGGGAGCGCCUUCUACAGCAAGGACUAGCGCAGGUAGAGGCCGGGCGGCGUCAGGCUGAGGCCACGCGGCAGGCCGCGGCACAGGAAGAGCGGCUGGCCGACCUCGCAUCCGACCUGCUGCUCCAGUAUUUGCUGCAGGGCGGGGCCCGGCAGCGCGGCCUGGGGGGUCGAGGGCUGCCCGAGAAGGAGCGAGAGAGCGAGAGGGAGGAGGCGGCGGAGCAGGAGAGACGCGGCGGGGAGGACAGGGUGGGGGAAGAGGAUGAGGAGGCGGCGGAGGCGGAGGCGGAGGCGGAGGAGGCGGAGAGGGCGCGGCAGAACGCGCUACUGUUCGCCGAGGAAGAGGACGGAGAAGCCGGAGCGGAGGACAAGCGCUCCCAGGAGGAGACGCCCGGCCACCGGCGGAAGGAGGCGGAGGGAGCAGAGGAGGGCGGGGAGGAGGAGGACGACGAAGAGAUGGACCCGCAGACGAUCGAUAGCCUCAUUGAGCUGUCCACCAAACUCCACCUGCCAGCGGACGACGUGGUUAGCAUCAUUGAAGAGGUGGAGGAGAAGCGGAAGCGGAAGAAGAACGCCCCUCCAGAACCCGUGCCUCCCCCCCGGGCUGCCCCCGCCCCUACUCACGUCCGCUCCCCGCAGCCCCCUCCCCCCGCCCCCGCCCCUGCUCGGGACGAGCUGCCCGACUGGAAUGAGGUGCUCCCGCCCUGGGAUCGGGAGGAGGACGAGAUGUUUCCCCCGGGGCCCUACCACCCUUUUCCCAACUACAUCCGGCCGCGGACACUGCAGCCACCCGCCGCCUCUCGCCGCCGCCACUACCACCACGCCCUGCCGCCUUCGCGCCACUAUCCCGACCGGGAGGCCCAGGCGCGGCGCGCGCAGGAGGAGGCGGAGGCGGAGGAGCGCCGGCUGCAGGAGCAGGAGGAGCUGGAGAAUUACAUCGAGCACGUGCUGCUCCGGCGCCCGUAACCGGCCCCGCCCCCGCGCGCCUCCGCCGCGCGCACCGCCACCCCCCUCCGUGUUGCUCCUCACCCUCCCAGUGUUUGCAUGCUCCCCCGCCCUGCCCUCGGCCGCCGCCCGGCCCCGCCCCCGCCCGCGGGCCGCCUGGUCCCCGGCUGUGCCCCAACCAGUCGGGCCUCUUCCCCGGCCCGAAUUCCCAAAACUCACUCACGGGUGUCCCGGGACCAGCCCAGGUGGGCGAGCGGUUUGUGCGAGUUACUGUUCCCUGCGGGGCUUGGUUCCCAACUAGUCCCUCUUGGGACGUUCCCUUCCGAAACCCGGAAAAAGCAGUUCCAGUUAAUCGUGUGAAGUGUGUCUGUCUCUGGCCCUUCGAGCCCCUCCAGAUCGCUGUGAAUUUACCCCUUCUUUCCCUUUUCUGUUGUAAAUACCCCUCACGGAGGAAAUAGUUUUGCUAAGAAAUAAAAGUGACUAUUUUAUUAGGA